AUGGGCAUCCAUGCUGUUAGCGUCAUGCUAGAGGCUCUCAAUAGAGAUGCCCAACAUGCUACUAUCGCCAAGUUCAUUCAAAAUGAACUUGACGCAGAACGCGAGAAAGUAGCCUUGCUUCACCAACAAGGUUCUCAACAAGCAGAGUUGUUGAGAGAACAAGGUGCUCAACAGUUUGAACUGUUGAGACAGCAGCAAGCUGCUGCUGGCGGGUCGAUGCACUCGCGUCGACCCGAGACUUUGAAGAUUGACAUCUCAAAGUAUAGGGGGGUCGAAGAAGACUCCCUCUUGAGAUGGUUCGUCGAAUUGGAUGACGCCAUAAGGGCGCGUCGCAUCGACGACGGGGAUAUGCAAGUUGCAUUUGCCCAGUCAAAUCUGGCAGGACGUGCCAAGACUUGGGCACUGGGGCUCAAGCUGCACGACCCAUAUGCGUUUGGGUCGUUGGAAGUCUUCAAGUCGCGGCUCAGACAAACGUUUGAACCGCCUAGAGCUGAGUUCAGAGCUCGAACCGAACUCUUGAAGCUCAAGCAGGGUAAGCGUGAUGUGCACGCUUACGCUCAACAUAUACGACAUCUCACGAGUUGUAUAAGUUCCAAUCCGGUGGAUGAACACACGUUGGUUUCGGUGUUCAUGCAGGGUCUUGCGGAUGGUCCCGUCAAGACUCACCUGUUCCGGCUUGAACUAGAUUCACUAGAACAAGCCAUUUCAAUUGCGGAGCAGGAAGACUUCAGUCUGAGACAGGCUCGCGCCAGCUCGACAUCAUAUCGUCAACCGAGACGAUAUGACAGCGUAAGUCCAGAGCCGAUGGAACUCUGUUAUGUUGAGAGCGAGAAGGCUCGCUCUACAGACUACAAGAAGUUGCAGAAAUACAACAGAUGUCAAAAGACAGGACACUACGCUUACGAGUGUAGUGCCCCUCGUCCAGUGUCUCGCGACACUGGGCGUAGUGACCGUCCACCCAUGAGAAAGGGGCAGGGACGAGGGUCCGCAGUUGGUGCAAAGACGCAACAACGGGAUGGACCGUCAAAAAACGGACAGGAUCAGUAG